UGAUCAUGAGCCAAAGCUACGCAAUGACGGCUCCUCUGACACGUUCUUCAGUUGAGGCUGCACAUCGAGUGGUUGCGCCCGACAUCCACCGCACACCUGUCCUGACUUCCUCAUCGAUCGACACGAUCGCAUCGACGCCUCAGUCCUCAGAAUCACUCAUCGGAACACCAUGGGAAGGCCAAACCCCAGCUUCCCCUCAGCUAAAACUCUUCUUCAAAUGUGAAAACUUUCAGAAAGUCGGCGCCUUCAAAGCAAGAGGCGCUUUCCAUGCGUUGAGUAGAUUGAGUGAAGAGGAAGUAAAAAAUGGCGUCGUUACGCAUAGCUCUGGCAACCACGCACAGGCCCUCGCAUAUGCUGCACGAACGAGGGGAAUUACAGCUUACAUCGUCAUGCCAUCAAUAUCGACACCAUCCAAGAUUGCAGCAACUCGAGGAUACGGUGCCAAUGUCGUCUUCUCAGGAUCAACAGCUGCAGAACGGGAAGUCGUCGCGAAAGAAGUCAUCGAGAGAACUGGGGCCCGGUUCAUUCCUCCGUAUGAUCAUCCUGAUAUUAUCCUGGGUCAAGGUACUAUGGCAUUGGAACUUGAAGAACAGGUGAAGGAACUCGAUACCGAGUCUUUCAAGGAUGACUCUGGGGGACGGGGACGAGGUCUUCUAGACGCUGUCAUUUCACCACUUGGUGGAGGUGGAAUGUUGUCAGGGAUAGCGACAGCUCUGUCCGGUACUGGUACCCGUGUUUUUGGUUCUGAACCUUCGUUCCAAGGGGGAGACGAUGGGCGUCGUGGUUUGGCGGAAGGAAAGCGAAUAACCAGUGUUUCAACUCUCACUAUCGCCGACGGGUUGCGUACGCCUCUGGGAGAGAUCAACUGGACAGUGAUAUCCGACAAAUCAAAAGUCGAAGGUGUGUAUUCAGUUGGCGAAGAACAGAUCAAGAAAGCGAUGAAGCUGCUUCUGGAACGAUUAAAGGUGUGGGUUGAACCUAGCUCCUGCGUUCCGCUAGCUGUGGUUUUAUUCGAUGAAGACUUUAGGAAGGAAUGUGUCAGAUUGAAUGUGAGAAGGUUAGGUGUCGUGCUGAGCGGAGGAAACACGACAGUUGAAGCAGUUUCAAAGCUUUUUGGUCCAGACGAAUGA